CGGGCCUCUGCGGCUGUUCAAGGCUGCAGUCCAAAUCUUAAUCGGUAUUCGUAGUCUUCCAAUUUUUGGGUAAUCACACCUCUUCGCAUCAGACGCAGUCACAUGCUACAAGUCUUCUCUCGAUUCCUGCUCUGACGCAUCCUGCACCCAGGGUCUCCACGUAACAACGUCUGCAGCAGACUGCAUAAUUGAACCACGAAUAUAGCCAGGUCGAUCACCAAAAAAAGUGGUCAAGCAUAGGAAUAACCAUUAGCUGGUGACAACAAACAGCCCACCGCCGCGAUCAUGGUCGUCGACACAUCUUACUACGAUGCUCUAGGCGUCAAGCCCGAUGCCACAGAACUAGAAAUCAAAAAGGCGUACCGGAAGCUCGCCAUCACCACACAUCCCGACAAGAACCCCGGCGAUGAGACUGCACACGAACGAUUCCAAGCCGUGGGCGAAGCCUACCAAGUUUUAUCCAACAAAGAGACCCGCGCCGCAUACGACAAAUAUGGCAAAGAGAAAGCAAUGCCUAGUCAAGGCUUCGAAGAUCCAGCAGAGUUCUUCAGCAUGAUCUUCGGCGGCGAUGCAUUCGUAGACCUGAUAGGCGAACUCACACUUCUCAAGGACCUGACACAUACAAUGGACAUUACAAUGGAACAAAUGGAGGAGGAAGAACUCGCGAAGAGCGCAGAGGAGAAAUUGAACGUUCAGGACGCGAGAGAACAAGAGGCUACCACCGCGACCGCAGCUGACAUGAGCGCCAAAGAAAAGGAGGCUCGACAAGACUCAACAGCCGAAAGCGCAACUUCAGCUCCACCACCACCCUAUGUUGGCACCUCCGAAGAGCCAUCCACAUCCGCCGCUCAAUCGUCAGGCACGAGUACACCGCAACGAAGAUAUAUGGGCCAGCAAGCCAUCAUGGACAAGUCCGAAGAAGAGGCCCGCAUGGAAGCAGCAGGCCUCAGCCAAGAGGAGAAAGACCUCCAAAAGAAGAAAAAGAAAGGCGGUCUAACGAAAGAGCAGCGCGAGAAGCUCGAGGCCUACGAACGUGAGCGGCGCAAAGCCCGUGAAGAGCGCGUCGAGACUCUAGCCAAGAAACUCAUCGACCGGAUAAGCGUAUGGACAGAGACCGACAAGGGCGCAGAUGUCACCGCGGCCUUCCAGGAGAAGACCAGACUCGAAGUCGAAAACCUCAAAAUGGAGUCUUUUGGUCUAGAAAUCCUCCACGCCGUUGGGCAAACAUACCUAUCGAAAGCAACCUCAUUUCUCAAAUCCCAAAAAUUCCUGGGCAUCUCAGGCUUUUUCUCACGGCUGAAGGACAAGGGCAACCUCGCGAAAGAAACCUGGAACACUAUCUCAACUGCCAUCGACGCGCAACUAACCAUGGAAGAAAUGGCCAAACUCGAAGAGAAGGGCGGCGCGGACUGGACGGACGAGAAGAAAGCAGAGUACGAGCGCAAAGUCACGGGUAAGAUCCUUGCGGCGGCCUGGCGUGGUUCAAAAUUCGAGAUUCAGGGUGUCUUGCGCGAAGUUUGUGACCGGAUCCUGAACGAUAAGACCGUCAGGCUGGAGAAGCGGGUCGAGCGCGCGCAGGCUUUGGUCCUGUGCGGCACCAUAUAUCAAAAGGCUGAACGCGAUCCCGAAGAGGAAGGCGACUUCAUGGCCUUCGAGCAGUUGAUGGCCGAGUCGAUGAAGAAGCAAGAAAAGAAAAAGGAGAAAGAAAAGGAUAAGGAGCCCUCGUCGAAGGAUAAACACCAUACUGGGCAUGAUCAUGCCACUGCCACCUCGUCAUGAAGCUAGCAACCAGCAAAUUACCGCGUGCUGGUUGAGUUUCGACCGCAUGUCCUUCCUGGCAUGCGUACUCGUAGCGUUGUGCAAGUCCGACAAUUACACCAGGAUACAGAGCGGCCUUGGAUGUACGAGAUAUAGAUACCACGAUUUCAAUUUCUUCUCGAUC